AUGGCGUGGGGCUUCGAGGGGCCGCCACCUGGCCGCGCGCACGGCCGCCUCCCCACCCCUCCCCUCCGCGGUCCAGCCGCUGCGGAGAGAGCCGGGGCCCAGCGGCUCGACUUCUCUCCAAGAGAGGGAAGGGCGCCACGGGAGGGCUUUGAGCGGGGGAGCGGUGUGCUCCGAAGCAGGCUCCGGAGCUGCCUCAGAGGGACUGCAGAGGCGGGGCCCGCGGCAGCCGAGUGCGCAGGAUGGUUUCCAGGCUCGCGGCAGCGGCCCAAGCAGACCCUGGGAAGCCGGGCCCCAAAAAGGAGGCAGCAGGCGCUGAUGCGGGGUCCACUCCGGGCCCAGGGGGUGUCCUGCCAACAGAACAGCCCCACCGAGCCGCAGAGCCCCGGCGGGCAGGACACCAACGCUGCCCGAGGGAGUUGUGUGCCCGCUGCUCGGGAGAACACGGCCCUGGAUCCUGAGGUGGGCUGCUCGUGCCAGGCCUACAGGGUCUGUGAGGCCCUGCCCCCAACCCUGGGCUUUGGGCUCCCAUCGGGACAGCAGAUUCCGAGUCCACAGCCCUUGGCCUCACCCUCGUGCAGCCCACUGGGCUCCUUCCCCCAGAGGCGGCGGGAAGGCCACUGGCCCCCGGCCGCGGCGCCUGACCAGGUCUGGCCGGCCACCUCUGACUACGGACACUCCCCACUGGGCACGGCUCUGCCCCUGCUGCAUCCUGGCUCCGAAUGCCGGGGGCCUUUCUGCGCCCUGCGCAGGCUGGCACUGGGGUGGUUCCCGGGAGCCAGACCUGGUCCCUCCAGCAAAAGGAAGCCCACACAUGAGACCCUCAGCCUGCUGGCCCCUGGAGCCAGUACCUGGGAGCCACCUGCAACUCAGAGGCAGACACAGGCAGGACGGCCCAGCUCCUUGGGCGGGACCCCCUCCGAGGCCCCUUCUGCAUCUCACCCUGGUCUCCAAGUAGGGGCCGGAGCCGCCUGGGCGCCACCCACAGAGGCAGUGACGCUCCCUGGCCCGCAUCCCAGAGGCUGCACCUGCUCCUGGGGUCGGGGCACAGGGCGCCCGCAGAGCACAGCCUGCUGCCCCAGCCCCCGCGGCCUGGGCCUCUGGGGUGAGCAGGUCCCAUCCCGGCUGGGCUCCUCGACCCUGGGGUCUCAGCACAGAGAAGGUGAAGCUGCCGGAGUCUGCCGGGCCCUGCCGCGGCACCCCCACCCCAGGGAGCCCCCCAGCUUUGAAACGUGGGGCCUGUGCCGCGACAACAGGGCGGUCAGAGGCCCCACCGAUGCGGACGCCCAGGUGCGGGGAGGGGAGAGGCGAGGCCCCAGCAAAGUGGCCGGGGAGCCGGUCCAGUGCCAAGGCUGUGCCCACUGCCCGGGGGGCCUGGCCCCAGUGCUGGCCAGAGGCCAGCACGUGGGCGGGCUGGUCACAGAGCUCCCAGAGCCCAGCUGGGGCCGGGGUGGGGGUGGUGCCGGGGUGAAGCUGGGCCGGGGUUCCUGCGGUACGAGUGGAGGCUGGCGGGGCUCCCGGGCUCAGCUGACCCUGACGGCCCAGGGCGGCCCUGGGGCAUCGGAGGCAGGACGGGGACGGGCUGAGGGCGGCACUGGGGAGCCCUGGGGCCGAGGGAGCACAGAGGCGGCCACGGAGCAGGGAGGGGGCGUCCCCCAGGCACAGCCUGGGCUGAGGGGCGUGGGGAUGUCAGGGGCAGCUGGAGAGGGGCCAGCCGAGGAGACCUUGGUUGUUGCCAUGGGGACGGAGGGGGACAAGGGGGCUGAGGGCCCAGACCUGGGCGCAGGAGGGCACCCCGGGGGCGGCGGUGCUGGCCGCUCCGGGCCACUGGCGCGCCGCGCUGCGCGGACUGCGGGGAGCACGAGCACAGUCCGGAGCAUCGGGGGCGCCUCCCGGACCCCGCCGAUCCUCGGGUGCCUGCCGCCACGCUCCCCGUCCAGCCGCCUGCGCCGGGCCGGUGACGCCGGUGACCUUCCCGGCUUGGCCCCGCCCGCCCCGCCCCGCCCACGCGCCGCCAUUGGCCGGGCCCCGCGCUCUUUGCGAACGCCGGCUCCCAUUGGCUCCCGCGGCCCCGCCCCGCUGCCCAGGCCGCCGGCCGCGCAGGAGCUGCGCAUGCGCGGGCGCCUCGCCCCCCGCCCGCCCGCCACCGCCCACUCCGGAAGGCGCGCCGGCCUCGUCCCGCCGUCGUCCCGGCAGCGCGCGCGGGUCCAGGGGCGACCCCCGCCUCGCGGCCCCGGCGGAAGGGGGCGGGGCCCCGGCUCGACCCGCCCCCGCGGAGGGAUACGCGCGGCCGCGGCCCAAAACCCCGGGGCGAGGCGGCCGGGCGUGUGCGCGGCUCGGCGGCUGCGUGCGAUCGCGGUCGCGUCGGGGCUCCGCGCGGCCCGGGGAGGCCGCCCUCCCGCGUCCGCCGCCGCGCGGGGAGCCGGGCCGGGCCGGGCCGGGUGA